AUGACCGCCAUCGCUUGCUUAACUGGCGCCUACACUAGCUACCCGGCUAUUACCCUCGCAAGGACGGUCGUUGUGGUGCACGAGCUGUCACCCGGGAUCAUUACAGCCUCGUUUGUCCGCUGCUCCGUCCAAUGUGGCAAGAACUUACUAACACAUUUGGCACAACUCUUGUCGUCGGCAGGGAUGCAUACCAUUGAUGUCAUCCUUAACAAACUAUCACGCACCGACGUCGGUUUACCAAACGGCAAAUGGCAAACAAUAUUGUCAGCGAUAUUACGCGUCCUCAGAGAAAUCGACCGGCUCUGUCAUCCCGAAGAGCAUUUACUAGACGAGAAGUUCCCAGGCGAAGAUAUUUCACCACCAUUGCCAUUAGAGCACGAUCAAAGUGCUCCGAUUAUCCACCUUUCCCCUGUCAUUGUUUUAUUAUAUUUGUAA